GGUACAGCCACUUCCGUGAUUGCUGCGUUGCGUUCAGGGGAAAUUAUUACUGGCAAUUGAUGGAGCUGUCUGGCGUUUGUUGGAGGGUCCAUCGUCUCGGGUUACAUGCCGCUAAACUGAUUUGAGCCGGGUUCCUGGGACUCGCUCUGAAAAUGGCCAGCACUUUCUCUCGGGUCUUGACCAACAGGAAGACCAGCGGCAUCCUCACGCUGGUGGGAGCAAGCUCUCUGGCGGCCGGGUUCCUGCUCACCAGGGAGCACGUGAAAGCGGGGAGCGAGCAGAGGAAGCUGUACCCCGCCAGUGCAGACUAUCCUGACCUUCGGAAGCACAACAACUGCAUGUCCUCUUGUCUGACCCCUGGUAUAUACGCCAAACUUCGGGAUAAGUCUACAUCCAGUGGCUGGACACUGGAUCAGUGCAUUCAGACCGGAGUGGACAAUCCUGGACAUCCUUUCAUCAAGACCGUGGGCAUGGUGGCAGGGGAUGAGGAAUCCUAUGAGGUCUUUGCUGACAUAUUUGACCCUGUGAUUAUGGAUAGGCACAACGGAUAUGAUCCAAGGACUAUGAAACAUCCCACAGAUCUGGACGCAAGUAAAAUUCGCAAUGCACAGUUUGAUGAAAAUUAUGUUCUUUCCUCACGUGUGAGAACUGGUCGAAGUAUCCGAGGACUCAGUAUGCCCCCUGCCUGCACUCGGGCUGAGAGAAGAGAGGUGGAGAAGGUCACUGUCGAGGCACUGGCCGGAUUAAAGGGAGACCUAGCUGGAAAAUACUAUAGUCUGACCAGCAUGACGGAUAAGGAGCAGCAACAACUCAUUGAUGAUCACUUCUUGUUUGACAAACCAGUGUCACCUUUGCUGACUUCUGCAGGGAUGGCCAGGGAUUGGCCUGAUGCCCGUGGCAUCUGGCACAAUAAUGAGAAGACUUUCUUAAUCUGGGUCAAUGAGGAAGACCACACGCGAAUCAUCUCCAUGGAGAAGGGAGGGAACAUGAAGCGGGUGUUUGAGAAGUUCUGCCGUGGUCUCAAAGAGGUUGAGAAGCUAAUCGCCGAGAAAGGCUGGGAGUUUAUGUGGAACGAGAGACUUGGCUACAUCCUGGCCUGCCCAUCAAACCUGGGUACGGGACUCCGAGCUGGGGUACACAUCAAACUACCCAUGCUCAGCAAGGAUCCUCGCUUCUCAAAAAUCCUGGACAACCUGCGUUUGCAGAAACGUGGAACAGGGGGAGUGGACACUGCAGCUGUGGGCAGUGUGUUUGACAUCUCGAACCUGGACCGCCUGGGGAAAUCAGAGGUGGAGCUGGUUCAGUUGGUAGUUGAUGGAGUCAACUAUUUAAUUGAGUGUGAGAAGAAACUCCAGAGAGGGCAAGAUAUCAAGAUCCCAGCCCCCCUGGCCCAGAGUCGACGCUAAUCCCUCUGUAAUCAAAGUUUCAACAUGAGAGUGAUGUCUCAUUAAACAUAUUAAAAUUCUGGAUAUCAUAACCCCUCCAAACUAAAUAAAUAAACUUCUGGACCACCUAAAA